CUUAUAUGCGUUUAACUAAUCAAAACAUAUCAGAAUCUUAAAAUGUAGUCAUCAUUCGUGAAUGGGUAGCUAACAUUUCACUUCACUGUUAAUUAUUCUUUCCCAUUCAGUACUUUUAACGUUAAGUGAGAUAUCAAGUGCAUGAAAUUUUGUUUAGUUCAAUAAAUAAACGAGACCCAAAAAUGCAUUCUUUGCAUUCACACCAGUUAAACUCAAUGUCAGGCCAUUAACAGUGUAAAAGACAAAAGUUGUCGCAAUAGAAUAAGGAAAUGAAGGAAAACAGAGUGAGAAAUGCGUACUGUGUGAUCAUGGAAAGGAGAGUCUGGCAAAACACUAAAGUUGGCUCCAAUGGCACACAAGACCUGGCCCCUUGCAUUCUCAUCGCGCACUAUCAAUCAACCACCACUUGGUGUCACUCCCUUUAUUGGCGGUUACAAAAGCAAUCUUUGCUCCUUGAUAAACUAACACCCUCACGAAAUCCAUGCUCACAGAUAAUCUAUCUAAUCUUAUCUCAAGAACCCAGAAUCCCCAUCUUCACUAAGAAUAUAUAUGUAUAGAAGCAGGCACCGAUGACCAACCCAUAUUGCUACAGAACAAUGUCUGUAGAAUCAAAACUAGAAGAGAACCCAAUUGACAAGACCUCAUCACAACCCUCUCCAUCUUCAUCUCUCACCCAAAAAUGGCCACCCAACUUCAUGAACACUAUUAUUUGGGAGUUGAAAAAGCAAAGAGGAAUAGCUCUUCCACUGGUGGCAAUGAAUUUGUUCUGUUUUGGCAAGACAGCCAUCACAACAGCAUUUCUAGGCCGGCUUGGAGAGCUCCAAUUAGCUGGUGGCACUCUUGGGUUCACUUUUGCUAAUGUCACAGGUUUCUCAGUCCUGAGCGGGCUAUGUGGUGCCAUGGAACCAAUAUGUGGUCAAGCUUAUGGGGCUAAGAAUAUUAAACUCCUUCACAAGACACUUCUCAUGGCAACUUCUUUACUUCUGCUGGUAACAAUACCCAUAUCCUUCUUGUGGCUCAAUGUUGACAAAAUUCUUAUUCAUUUUGGACAACAAAAGGACAUAGCAAUGGUUGCAAAGAAUUACCUUUUCUAUCUUCUCCCUCAUUUGGUUGUGACUUCAUUGCUUUGUCCUCUCAAAGCCUACCUGAGCUCACAAAGUGUAACAAUUCCUACAAUGUUCAGCUCAGCUGUUGCAUUAGCUCUUCACAUACCCAUCAACCUCAUGCUUGCAAAAGCCAAGGGUCUUGAGGGAGUAGCAAUGGCAGUGUGGAUGAGUGAUCUUGCAGUUGUAGUUCUUCUAGGCUUACAUGUGGUGAUGACAGAAAUCAGUAAGGAGGGGAAGUGGAAGGAAGGAGGAUGGUGGGAUCAAGGUACUUGUGACUGGUUCAGAUUGCUAAAGCUUUGUGGACCAUGUUGCUUCACCACCUGCCUUGAAUGGUGGUGCUUUGAGAUCUUGGUCUUGCUCAGUGGGCGGCUACCUAAUGCAAAACAAGCAGUAGGAGUAUUAGCAAUUGUGCUGAACUUCGACUACUUGCUCUACUCUGUCAUGCUAUCACUUGCCACAUGUGUUUCUACCCGCGUGUCAAAUGAACUAGGUGCUAAUCAAGCAAUCCUUGCUUACAAGUCAGCAUAUGUAUCUCUGGCAAUGAGCAUUCUUUCAGGUUGCAUUGGUGGAUUGGUGAUGGUUGGAGCAAGAGCUGUUUGGGGCCCUUUGUUUAGCCACGAUGAGGGGAUUAUAAGAGGUGUAAAGAAGAUGAUGUUGCUAAUGGCUUUGGUAGAAGUGGUGAACUUUCCAUUGGCAGUUUGUGGAGGAAUUCUACGGGGAACGGCAAGGCCAUGGGUGGGUGUGUAUGCAAGCAUCGGUGGGUUUUACCUAGUGGCCUUGCCAUUGGGCAUGGUUUUGGCCUUUAAGGUCGCUCUUCGCCUUGGUGGUUUGUUGAUAGGCUUCUUGGUAGGGAUGGUCUUAUGCUUGAUGUUGUUGCUAGUGUUUGUUACGAGGAUUGCCUGGGAAAAGGAAGCAGGCAAUGCACAGAUACUUGCCUGCAGAGAACAGCAGACUAUUAGAGAUGGAAAUCACCAUCGUACAGAAACAAUUGACGACAACAAAGUAUCAGAAUAACCUCAGACCAUUUGCUCUUCCCAGAAAAUAUCUACAUAUUAAAUCAAGAUAAAAGUGCAUGUAAACCUCAAAGGAAUGAUUUUAAGAAAGAACCCUCUUAAAACAUAUUGACGCUACUAACUAAAGGUAGGCGUCAACUUGUUUUUCAGGUCCUUUGGCCAUUCAAAAGGAUUGCUUCCUUUUUCAUCUACCAGUACAUAUAAAAAUUCCAAAUAUCAUCAGUAAUACGGAAGCCAGUUGUCUCAUGAGUAGCCAAAGUCGUCAAACCAUUACCAAUCAACAGGUUAAAUGUGCCAAUAAAACAAAGUUAUUUUAUACGGCAUAAUGGACAAACCUUUGAAUGAUGUAAAAUUACUACAACUUGUCAGAUAUUCAAGCAGAAAUCAUCUUCCAUAAAUGCAGUAGAGUAUGACCAAAAACACUUACAAUACAGAAACGUGUAUAGCAUUGAUAUGAUAUAAUUAGUGCUACCAUGACAAUACAUCUAGAAAUGGUCUAUGGACUUCAAACACUCAACAAAUAGCCAUUAGAAAUCGCAGCUCAAAUAUAAUAUACAAAAGAAAGAAAGUCUUUUCCGAUAUGAAAAAC